GCAACUAUGUAACUCACCGACAGCUCCGCGUCUCGGAUAUCCCAAACUGUUGUACCAGCCGUCAAAGCGAGGAACCUCCCAGGUUAUUUCACAGCGUGAAUCUAUUUAAAACAUGUCGAGUUAAAACAGACAUUUUCUACGUUAACUGACCUGAAUGUAAAGUAGAAUUGUUGCUCUACUUACGUUCACUGUGUAUGAGCAACAAGCCAACCGCUGCGCACAUACUCCAAACCCAUUUACGCAAAUCCAUUGAUGCGAGAGAUGCUCCUCAACUCAGUCUGCAGCCAAGAGCAGUGAAGGACUCCUGAAGAGUGAAGCCAAGGUGAAGCAUUCCAGUCAAUGCAUCCUCCUCCUCUGUGACACAAAGGAGACCGGGGCUAUAAAAGAAGUGUAUGUUCCCUCAACAUUCACACUUCACUCUUCCACUUCUUCUCCGAUCCUCGUCUUUGUGGUCUCGGCUAAGCAGCUAAGAUGACUUUCUACGAUGACAUUUACCCAUUCUACCGUCUACAAAGGACCUCCUUCAUCUUCAGUGGCCGCUUGCUCACCAUUAUUCUGGUCUUCCUUGUGCUCGCAGUCAGUCUUCUCCUCAUUCUGCCAGGGAUACGAGGGAAGUCGAGGCUGUUCUGGAUGUUUAGAAUAAUUAUCAGCUUGUUCAUAGGCGUGGUGAUAGUGGCGCUCAACUUUACCAGCGACUGGGCUGAGGCCAGAAUGACCACUAAUGCCACGUACAAGUCUUUCAGCAACGCAGUAGUUAACGCUGACAUCGGCUUGCAUGUUGGACUGUACGGCAUCAAUGUGACACUGAAGGGGAACCCUGUUGUUCAGUUUAAUGAGACCAUUGACUACAAUGAGAUGUUCAGCUGGCAUGACACCAUGGACGAAGAGUAUGAGGAAGCUCUGGAGAAAGGUCUGCCCAACCCGAUCCUGUACAUCGCUGAGAAAUUCACCCUGAGCAGCCCAUGUGGACUCAUCUUUCAGUACAGAUACUCUGGACGAUACGCCUCUGCAACCCUCUGGACAGCAUUUUGCUGCUGGAUGCUCGCCAAUAUCCUCUUCUCCAUGCCGGUUGUUCUGUACGCCGGGUACAUGAUGCUGGCCACCGCUGCCUUCAUCUUCUUCUCCAUGGCGUCUUUCUCCACCAUCAUGAAUGUGCCACAGUGUGUUUUCUCCAUCGGGACCGACUCCUUUGAAACUGAGUACAGCCAUUCAUUCUGGCUGGCUCUGGCUACAGGUGUGCUGUGCAUCGUCAUCGGGACUCUGGUGGUGAUGUUGAACUUUUUGAUACCAGAGAAGAUGAGAGAGGCUUUCAGUUCUGGUGUGGACAGCUAUGAAGACGAGGAUGUUUCUUAUGGGCAGGGCUACCUGAACUCAGUUUUUCUUGAUGGAGUGACAAUUUCACCACUGACACCAAAAGUCACAGCGGAACGAAUAUGAAGCUGUCCUGGUUUCCCUCGGGGAGCCUUUCCAGCCAAAUACUUGAAGAUAUUUUUUCUGAAUGUGUUACAGAUCGACUGUCUACUUUCACACCUGUUUUAAUUAUCCAUGCGAGCCUGUUAAGUGUUAUAAACUGUAAAUAGUUGUAUUUGUAAAGUUCACUGUCAUGUUCCAGUAGUUGUAAGUACAAUAUAAAAAUUUGUAUGGGAUCCAUACACUGUGUAUAUAUACUGACUAAUAAGGAUUGUAGGUUUGUUUUUAUUCAACCCAUUAUUGUUGUUAGAAACACAAAUUAAUUAGUUUGUUGGAUAUUGAGUAUUACGGAAACUUAAUGCAUUGACUUGUGAAAAUAUUUUCCCUGCUUUUCAGAAUUAAUGAGUUGAUUAUCUCAUGUUUUUUUUCAUAAAAAAACAUAUGCUCUUGUUUUUCUUAAUUAAUGAGAUAAUCAACUUAUGAAUUCAGAAAAACUCAGAUAAUUAUCUCAUCAAUAAUUUUUUUUUCUUCUCUCAAGUGUAUACAUGACACUUUUCGUAGAUUACUGUUUGACUGCCUCUUCGGGAUUUCUUGUGACACAUGGUGCAUAUUUCCCGAGCAAUGUCAUUGAUUGAGGUGUCCUUCUUUUGAAGCUUCUGAGAUUGAAAUAAAUGUGAAAACAUGAGA